CGGGACAGCGUUUCAAUAGGAAGUAGUAUUUUUAUUCCACACGUUGCUUUUUUUUUUUUUUUUCAGAAGCGGACAGUGCACUGGUUUAAAAGCCUAGAGAGGAGCGAAUGUUCAGCUGAAAUGAUUUUCCAUUCGAGGACUGUUUACUCUGUUGGCAUUUGGUGCUUGUGAUCGCCAUCUCGUCCAGGAGAUAAGGCAUUUCUGCACUUUCCCCAUCAUCUUAUCGCCACUGCCAUCUCUAUUGUCUGAAGCCGGGGGGUCACGAGACGUCACGAUUAUUUUAUUUCUAUUCCACAGUCCAAGUCGAUUACUCCAGGAGAAAUAAUCGACUCGACUAAUAGACACUAAUCUAGGCUAGAUAUACAGAUCUAACAGAGAUUAAAGAUAGUUUUGGCGCUGUAGCAGCUGAUCUGUAUCUGUAUCAGACUCGAUGAUUUGUGAGUAAACGAAGUGAUGUGCAGAGAAGAUGCUGCAUGAAGAAAGCCAAGGAAAGACGCACGAGUAGAGGAAAGAGUUGGACUGAAGACUUCAAGGCCAUCAGGACUUUUUUUUUUUUUUUUUUUUUUGGACCUGUCAGCAUAUUACGGUCCUGUAAGACUUCAGAACUGCUAAACCUCCGGGUUAAAGCUCACAGCAAAAGAAAAAAGGGGGGAAAAUGAUGCUGAGUCCAGACCAGACGGAUCCGGAGCUGCCAUGGAGCCACUCGGACGCCGAAAGUGUGUUAAGUGACAUGAAGGCUGGCUGCAUGUCCGAGGAGCUGAACACGGACGCCGAGGGGAAAGCCAAAGCGCUCGCGCCGCAGCCGCUCACGCGCGAGGAGAAGCGACGGCGCAGGCGCGCUACGGCCAAGUACCGCUCGGCGCACGCGACUCGAGAGCGCAUCCGUGUUGAGGCGUUCAACGUGGCUUUCGGGGAGCUGCGGAAGCUGCUGCCCACCCUGCCUCCUGACAAGAAGCUCUCCAAGAUCGAGAUCCUCAGACUGGCUAUUUGUUACAUCUCCUAUCUGAAUCACGUGCUGGACGUUUAAUCAGGAGAAUGGACAGCGUUUAAAAAAAAUGUUAAAAAAAAAAAAGAUGAUUUUUUUUAUAUAGACUAGGUAAACUUACCUGCUCACUCGGUAACUAAUCGGCAAAGUGUUAGACAGACUUUAGGGAUUAGGCGAACAACUUUUUGAAGGGUUGAUUUGAACGUAGAGCCGCUAUAAUGCCCCUUUAAACAUGGUGAGUGCUCCAAGAGCCGUGCACCAUUUAAAUCCAGACUGCGGUCCCUGCUGGAGCCUAGCCGUCCAAACAGACAUGCAAGAGCGCCGAAAGGGACUUUAAAAUCACGUGAAUAAUCUGACAGCAGUGUAGACAAGUGGAGAGAGCAGGCUACAGACCACCAGUUGCACUGAGACUGAACAGAAACUAGACCGAAGGUCCGAUUAGCCGCUUAGUAGCUCUAACACGUCGUUUUUAUUUUCUAAUGAGGACAAAAAAAAAAAAUUAAAACAAACGAAUUAUGUACAAGUGCCACUUAGAACUAUUCUUAUUUAUUUAUUUAUUUAUUUGUUUGUUUGUUUGUUUGUUUGUUUAUUUAUCUAUCUAUCUAUCUAUCUAUCUAUCUAUCUAUCUAUCUAUCUAAUAAUUAAUUUAUUUAAUUGCACUUUUCCCUAUUUAUCUAUCUAUCCAUCUAUCUAUCUAUCUAUUUAUUUAUUUAUUUAUUUAUUUAUUUAUUUAUUUAUUUAUUUGUGUUCUAUUUUUUUAACUCGUUCUUUUAAAAUGUACUAUAAUGCUGGGUGUUUGUAAUGUAGGCUAUCGCGUAAAUGACGUUACCAUAUGUGUUAGACUGUGACGUUCAAAUUUUCACACACACACACACACACACACACACACACACACACAUACACACAAAGAAGUUAAAAAGAUAUGACUGCACUUUUGGUGUUUAUUUAUAUUUCAUAUAUUUUGUGAUGGAAAGAAUUUUAGAGAUUAGGCUCCUUUGAGAAAAACAAAAAAAACAAAAUCAGAAUUUUUUCCCUCGUCAGUCUGCGUUCUCCAGCUCUGAAGUAGUUUAAUGUGAAACUCUUAAAGCUGCUAUCUCAGCUAUAAAGGAAAAUUAGAAUAAAAAACAACAUGAACAUGUGUUAUUGUAAUACAUUUUCCUGCAGUAAUUCCCCUUAUGUUUGAUGUGAUAAUGAUAAUAUAAUGACUUAGUGGAAGUUAAAGACUUCUGAUCCGACCAAAUAUUACACCGCAAGUCUUUGUUCUUUGGUGUUUUAUGUGUCACAGUUUGAAAUUGGUUGAUUUCUGUAGGCCUGUUCAUAAUAAUAAUAAUAAUAAUAAUAAUAAUAAUAAUAAUAAUACCAUAUGUUAUUUUAUAAUGGGGAAAAACAUAUCUGCUAUCCAAAGAAUUCUUGUCUUUUCAGGGUCUUGCCCUUAUUGCUUUAUGCACAUAUUUUGUAGUAGAGUUGCUGUGACAGCUGGUUUUUAUCAAAGACAUUUUUUUCAUAUUUUACUGGUGGGGUGUUUUUUCGAAAUAAAACAACAGUAAGAGAAAUUGCAAAAUGUCU